UCUUCUUUGAAACAAUAGUGAGAAACUGAAUAUUUGGGGGGGAUGAAAUGCAAAUUGUUUUCUCAGCUUUGGCUGGUAUUGGAGCUUUCUGUUUGCUGUUACACCCAUGAUCAGACUUCAUUGCCUGGUAUUGAAGAUCAGCAGUUUAUACAGGACUGUGUGAAAACUCACAAUUAUUUUCGGUCCAGGGUGAACCCCUCUGCCAGCAACAUGCAGCAUAUGACCUGGGACCCUGCAUUGGCAAAGACAGCCAAAGCAUGGGCAAAGAAGUGCCACUUUGAUCACAAUAUCUAUCUCAAAACUCCAGGGAAGGUUCACCCUAAGUUUACUCCCGUUGGAGAAAACAUCUGGACUGGCUCACUGUCUCUGUUCUCUGUAAAAGCAGCAGUGCAAAACUGGUAUGAUGAAGUCAAUUAUUACAACUUUGGGAGCAGAGCAUGUACUAAAACUUGCGGUCAUUAUACACAGGUUGUUUGGGCAACUAGUUACAAAGUUGGCUGCGCUGUUCAGUUCUGCAAGAGAGUUUCGGGUUUUGAAAGUCUCUCCAAUGGAGCACAUUUUGUGUGCAACUACGGACCAGCUGGCAAUUAUCCAGUGAAACCUUACAAAACCGGAAGCCCAUGCAGUGACUGUAACAGAGAAAAGUGUACAGAGAAUCUCUGUGAGAAUCCAGAGCGUGAUCAAUUACUGAGUUACUCCAACUGGUCACCAGAUUGGGACGUACACCCUACCAGAUUCAAGCCACCACAGAAGCCACCAUAUACUGCUCCUUCACCCCCCAAUGCUCCUAUUCCAUCCCGCUCUGCAUGUGACUCAUAUUGUAUUACUGUGCUUGCACUAAGAUUGUUGUUUAUAUUGUUGACUUUUGGUUCUGUGGCCAUGUUAUCCAAGAAAUAUCCCCAAAUGUUUGUAUAUGAAUAAUCUCUCUAACUUGUAUGUGACCUCCAAUGCAUUUUUCAAAUCUUUUCAGGCUUUAUGCUUUAAAAACGAGUUCCUAGUCCUUGUUGGUGCAGUAUUGGCCUGAGUCACCAUGCCAUGCCUCUUCCUGUAUGUUGUUCUUCAGCGGUAUAAACAACAGCCUAUGCUACUAGUUCUACUGCCUUUUUGUCUUGCAAUACAGGAUGCUGCUGUAAGUUUUUGUAAAAAUAUCAGCUGGCUGUAACAUAGUGCCCAAAAUACUAGGAAUCAUUUCAUUGAUCCCCUAAGAGUCAUCAUAAGAAUUAAAGCAAGCAAAUAACCAGCGUAAGAGCCUGCUGAAGAUGAAUGUGUAACCCACUAAGGUCCUAAUAUCUGCAGGGA